CUACAAACAUUUGCCUAAGCAUCAGUGGUUGUUUUUUUUAUAUAUAUAAUGAUUUUUUUGAAAAUCAGUAUUGUGUAAAUCUAUGAGGAUUACACCCCCUAGUAGGUGAGAGUACUGAGGUCUGACAGCGCUCCUGCCCAUGAUUAGAAUCUAUAAUAACAGGGAGGGCUGCUGCAAAUUUCCCUCAGUAAUGAUGGCGGCCGGCAGGUCAGGUGCUGGUUGCCCUCACACAAGAUGGCCGACACGUGUUUCCGCUUUAUUGUUCACGUACACUGCCUAUACUAGGUGGGUAAAACUUUAUUGACAAUUUCCGGUAACAUGAUUACAUCCAGCAUGGCGACCAGCAAGCCCCAAAAGAAGGUUAGACACGUGGGGGGAUCAGACUCCUGUAACUGCUGGCCUUAGCAGCUGGUUAUAGGUCUGGGUGCGGGCUCCAGCCUCUAAUUCUAUAUCUGUAUGGGCUGCUGGCCCUUAAUGGUGGGAUAAUGGGCUCUCCCCCAGUAUUUCACAUAUACAGCUCCAGGAAUUAGUGCUUAAUAUUUGGUAAUGGCUGUUAUGGGAUACAAGGCAGCUUUGCCUGGGGAGUCUUUAUGGCCCAGCUUGUGUUGUGUUACUGUUUACCAGGUCACUAACAAUUCAUAGAAAGUGUGUAUCACUUGCUGGGAUGUUUGUCUCCCAUGGGAAGCAGUAGGACAUUGUAGCAAGCUAUUGGUUACAAUAGCCAUGUCUAGAAACAUCACUGACCUGGCAAAGUUUCCUUCCUGGCUAUUGAAAUUCACACUAUAAUUAUUAAGCCUGCCAGUCUCUAAAGGGAAUAUAUAUAUGUGUGUUUUACUAGAUUUGAUUUAAGAAUGUUGCAUGUAAAUAUAUAUAUAUUUUUUAACCUCUACACUUGCUUGUUUUGUGUAUAAAGCUCCCUUCUGCUGUGAGCAUUAAAAGUGGAUCUGGCACUUUACAUUUUUCGCAAAGAUCCCCAAAAGUAAUAUCUGGUGUGGGUGCAGGGGAAUGAAGGUUUUACUUGCCUUAAACUGUCCCUAAGCUGCUGUCAUCUUUCUCCUGAUACUCUUCAGCUCCUAGCACUUCAUUUGUCAGAAUCCCUGUAAACAUGCGCGAGGGAACACUGAACUAGAAGGGAUUUUGAGAGACUGACAUUUACAUUACGUUUUUUAGAUUACAUAGAAAGUUGUAAUUAUGCAAAAAUAUACAUAUUUGAAUUUGCUCAGUUUGCCCAGACCAGAAAGUGACUCUACUAAUCAACACAUAGGAACCUAGAAUGUGACGGCAUUCUGCCAUCUAGUCUGCCCUGGCCUUAUCUUAUAGUUAGGAUAACAUUAUACCUAUCCCACGCAUGCUUAAACUCCCUCACUGUGUUAACUUCUACCACUUUAGCUGGAAGGUUAUUCCAUACAUCCACUACCCUCUCAGUAAAGUAAUACUUCCUGAUAUUCUUUUAUUUUUAAACCUUUGCCCCUCUAAUUUAAGACUUUGUCCUCUUGUGGUAGUUUCUUUUAAAUAUAGUCUCCUCCUUUAACCCCUCAAGGACACAGGACAUGUGUGACAUGUCAUGAUUCCCUUUUAUUCCAGAAUAUUGGUCCUUAAGGGGUUAAAGGAUCACUAUAGUGCCAGGAAAACAAUUGUUUUCUCUAGGUCCCCCUCCUGCCGGGCUCUAGGGGGUAGAAGGGGUUAAAUCUGCUGAAUGCACAUGCGCGGCAAGAGCCGCGCGCAAUCAUUCAGUUUCAUAGGAGAGCAUUCUCAAUGCUUUCCCAUAGACGCUGGCGUCUUCUCACCGUGAAGUGCCUCUAGCGGCUGUUAAUGAGACAGCCACUAGAGGCUGGAUUGACCUAUAUGUAAACAUAGCAGUUUCUCUGAAACUGCUAUGUUUACAGCAGGCAGCGUUAACCCUAGAGGGACUUGGCACCCAGGCCACUUCGUUGAGCUGAAGUGGUCUGGGUGCCUAUAGUGGUCCUUUAAUCCCUUAAGGACACAUGACAUGUGUGACGUCAUGAUUCCCUUUUAUUCCAGAAGUUUGGUCCUUAAGGGGUUAACACAGCUAACCGCUUCCCUCCUCCAGCUAAGAUAUAGUGAAAGAAUAAGCACUUCAUCCUUUGUGGUUUCAGUUCCAUCCAUCCUGUUUGUGCGUUAUUGAGCUACAAUAUGCACAAGUAAGAAAAGCCUUUCUUCCCCAGAGUGGAACCUGCACAGUUUGCGCCUUUGCCAACCAUUGAAUUUAACCUAGUGCACAAAACCCUGCCUCUGUGUUUAUAAAGAUGUAAAGCUUAUUAAGCAGUUUCAAAACUUCAUUUGUUGAGGAAUUUGGGGCCACUCUUUACAACGUUGCUUCAGUCAUUGAGGUUUGCUGGCAUUUGUUUAUGCACAACUCCCACCACAGCUUUCCAAUCGUGUUGAGGUCUGGAUUUUGGGUCAUUGCAACAUCUUGAUUCUUUUCUUUUUCAGCCAUUCUGUUAUAGACUCGCUGGUGUGCUUGGGAACAUUGUCCUCUUCCAUGACCCAAUAAUGCUAAGCUUAAGCCGUCAGACAGAUCAUGUUUUGCAGGGACAUCCAGUCCUAUGAAGCUUGCCAACUGUCUUGAAUAUUUUCCACUUUUGAAUAACCGUUCUCACCAUAGAAUGAUGGACUUUAAAUUGUUUGGAAAUUGCCUUAUAACCCCUAACCAGUUUGACCAUUGCUGAUGUCUUUCAUUCUUGGAAUUGUGUUAACACACACAAAUGCUCCAGACCAGGAAAUUUAUAGAGAUACACUUGCUAAUGAUCAACCAAUCAAGGUCAUUUGAUUAGCAGCAUCUGUCUGCUACUUAGCCUCUUAAUUCCUAUGGAUGCAGUAAGGGUGUACUUAGUUUUCACACAUGGCUUUAUGUUUGUAAAAUCAUGACACUUUGUAAUAUGUCAUGUGUUGUUGGGAAGAAUCUAAAGCUGUAUGCACCUAAUUUUAACACCUGCUAAGUAACAGAUGAUAAUGCCCUGAUCUAUAAAACCAUAUGAUUCAAAUGGGGUGUACUUUCUUUUUCCCAUGACUGUUUGUGUGUGUAUGUGUAAGCUCUAUUAUUGAAGCAGAAAAGGAUACUGUGCACUUUGGGAGGCAAAAGAGUUGCUUUAUGAAGAAAAACUAUAUAUAAAAAAAAGAGGUAGUGCUUUCAUUUCGGAGCCUGCAGGAACUGUCUCUUUGCCUAGAAUCUCUACUUUUAAGCUCUGGUCUAGUGGAUCUGGUGCCUACUGUGUCCAUUAAAAGCUGCACUAGGAUUUCUGAGGUUUUUCAUGUCGAUACAUUUUUUUUUCUCAUGUCGGAGCCAAGAUUUGGCAAGAGGUUCAGACACCACCUUAUAAAUUCUCUACAAAAAUAACCCUUAAACAUAGCUAAACGAACGUAUACUGCAGAUUACAUCUAAUAUGUGAUUCCCUGGAUUGUCCCAUUAGGAGAGAGCUGUGUGAUUUCCCUAAAUGAGCAGAUAAUUAGUAUUCCUUUCUUACAGAAAAUGAAGCGUUAUUAUGAGGAGAAGGAUAAUACAAACGAGCCUGAGCCUUCCAAGGCUGCUCCUGAAAACGACAAAAUACUCGAAGAUAAUCUGGAAAACCGCAAUGAAACAAACUCAAACAGAAUCGAGAAACCGCGAAAUAAUAAGCAAAUAUCAGGGGUAAGAACAUCAGCCAUUUACUGCCGAUCUCUGUGUGUAUUACUGAAUCAGGGUGGUAAGGCCAACCUGUACAAUACAUGACUAACCCUCAAUGUCUGAUUGCAGGCAACAGAUCCCUUUCCUGGAUCCGCUCCAAUUCAUAAAAAACAACUAUCAAAAUAUGAUCGACCGAGAAAAACAACAUUGGUAAGAGCCCUUUCAAGGUGGCAGAUGAUGUGCUCAAGCUUUACGACAUGCAUUUUCUAAGCAUUUCACCACUAGUUGUUGUAGAUAUGUCUUCCUCUCCUGAGUUCGUUGGGGUCACAGUCAUCUCCCCAUGGACUGGAAAGGAUGGUUAUUAAAGUUUGCUUUACACACACAGGGGGACAGUCUGUUGCUCUCUAUGAAUGUCGUUUAAUAUAUCCAGUGACAUUAUCCUCUGCUUUGUUUUAGGACAAAACAUAUAUGUAUCGUGCUAAGCAGCAGUUUAAAGCCCAUGAAGAGAAGGUACAGCUAGCGGUUGGUCUGUCAGCAAGACAUGAUGUACUCCUGCCAGAGGAAGAAGGGUAAGAACAGCCAUAAGUCUUAUUUGAUGGUGGACUCUCUCUAGAAAUCAGUGGCCAAGAAGCAAUACCUACCCCAAACACAAGGACAUCUAUGUGUACACAACAUUCCACAUGGUGGUAUAGUAGCGCCAGAGCACAGGACAUGCCAUGCAUACCCCAUGAACAAAGGAUGUGCAACGUUUGGCAGUAUACUGAUAGAUUGUAUAAUGUUCAUUAGUACACCCACUCCCGAGCUGUGGAUGUGCCCCGCGUGACAACGUUAUACCAAUGUUUGUUGGUAUACUUCUGAGUAAAGGAUAUGCCACUCGGGGUGUAGUUUUGAAUGCAUGGUUUUAUAUUACACAGUGGUUCUCCUAACAGAGCGGUGCUAUAAAUACACAGCAACAGUUUUUAGCAACAGGGGCCUAGUAGUACUACUGUGGAUUUACUUGGUCCUAGCUUAGACGGUGAAGAAGACAGAGAACCAGAACCAUUCAGGGAAAGAACAAAGAUAAAUAAGGAACUAAACUAUAAGGGAACUGAACAAACCCCAGAACCAAGACGUACAAGACAAGCCAGGACACCCUUAAACCAGGCGUUCACAAGAUGAAUUGAUACACAGGGUUUGGGGUAAUUGGCAUCUGAGCCAGGAUCUCACAAACUAUAUAAAGGAAUGGGUGCUGGAUUCUACUUUUUCAGAAGAGACACAACUCUUCCACUGGUUCAGCACCAUCUCCCAGGUUGCAGUACAAUAUGGAAGAACUGCAGCACCAGAACCUGAAAACCUUAGACCAGCACCUACAUUAAGGAAAAUCUAAAAAAACCAACAACCUGUGAAUGUAUUUUUCUGUAUUCUGAAUGACACAAACGUAUAGUUUGCUUCGCAUUCCCUCGUAGUGCAAACCACUUAUCUUUAAUCUAUGGCUUUCAGGUAUCUUGAGGCGGAUGAAGGGCAGGACACGUGUACAAUAUCUCAGGAGGACAUUGCAGAAGCUGUUGAUAUCACUAGUGGGUCCAAGGUAAGCACCUGAUUUCCAGAUACCCAACCUUGUCUUACCUUUCCAUUCCAUAAGGGUCUUUAUAAGUGUUUACAGUGCUAAGACUGCAGGAACAUGCUAUAGACACCAGAACCUCUACAUUAAGCUGUAGUGGUUCUGGUGGCUAUAGUGUCCCUUUAAACCCCACUCUCUAUUUUCCAGCCUCUUAUAUCCUGUGAUUUCUUUGUAUUUUUAAACAUUUUUUUUCAUGCAGGUGUGCACUUCAUUUUUUUUUUCUUUUGCAGCAUUUUAAACUGGUUCUCAAUCAGUUUGGCCCAUACAGAAUCAACUAUUCAGGAAACGGAAGGUACAUGUCCCAGUUUGUACGAUGGACCUUGUGUUUAGGCUUUAUUUUUGUGUCAUUAAGGGGUUUUGUUUCUCGGGUUGUCUGAGGUGCCUGAUUCCCUACUUGACCGAGUUCUUUAGUUCUCUCUAUUAUAUCUCAUGCUUUCUUGUCAGAUUGCUGACUUUCUUUAUUAUAGCCCAAAUGUGUCUCUCUACCUGCUUUCCUUUACCUGUUUCAUGCCUCUUUCUACUCUGUGUCUUAAUUGUUCUGUCUUCUGCUCCAAGAUUGCAUUCAGGUUUGUCCAUGCAUUGGUUCUCUCUCCAUCUUGCAUUUUCGCUGUUUCCUGUCUCACUAUGUUGCUAAGGGAUGCUCAUCUACUUGUUCCCACUCAAUGUUCUCUCCCCUCCCCCCCCAUUACUCUGCUAGUAUACUGUCAAUGUUACUCUGGACCCUGGUUCUCUUUUUCAUUCACUCCUCUCUCUACUUGUUUCUUAGGAAGCUUCUCUUGGCUGGUCACAGAGGGCAUGUUGCGGCUAUAGACUGGCAGUCUAAGAACCUGAACAGUGAGAUGAAUGUGAUGGAGACAAUCAAUGAUGUAAGGUGAGUUGUCUUCUUCAGAAGAAGCAGUGGAUUACCCAUAAACAGGAAAUGUCUGCUCAGACAUUGCACGUCAGGUGGCGUAAUUAAGGAAACCUUGUGUAACACCGAGUACGUCUCUGCAUAAUAAAUUCAACAAACAUGAGAUUUGUAAAAGAGAAGAAGCCAAAUCAUCAAUGUUUUAUGCACAGUGUAAGCAGAUUUCUAAUUUAUUGCAACAAACAGAUUAAACCGGGAAACCUUAUUAUAGGGUUAAUCACUAAAGUGAGAAUACAAAGUGUAAUUGAGGUCAAAAUAGGCAAAAUUCUCAAAGUUAGCUAUGCUCUCUGCUUAGCCCAUGUGUCCUUAAAUGUGAAAUUAACUUUGAAUUCUCACUUUAUUAAAUAACCCUGAUUAGAAUCACAGUGCGCUCACGUCUGAUGAAACCUUCCUUUGUAUUUAGAAAUCGCCAGUUAUCCUGCAGCCAAUUUUUUUCUAGUAACAGACACUCGUCUCUUUCUAUCUGCAGGUGGCUGCACACACAUAACAUGUACGCUGUGGCUCAGCUGCGCUGGCUGCAUAUUUACGAUUCUACUGGAAUGGAACUUCACUGUAUAAAGAAGUUUAAUGACGUACUGCGUAUGGAAUUCCUGCGAUACCACUUUUUGCUGGCGACCAGUGUGAGUAUAUUACAAUGAGUAUGAUGGGAUCAUUUACAACCCAGCCAUAGGACUGCACUUUAUUUUCUGACUUAGUGCAUUUUAUUGGCAGCAUUCUAAUCUUUCAUUCUGUCACAUUUCCCUUUCUUCACACUAUUCUGAUUUGUCAGAAUAGUUUUUCCAAAAACUAUCACUUUUUUUUUUUUUAUUUCAUGCAAUUCAAAUUGUCACACGAUCGAAACUUGGUUCGUCUGAACCAAGAACACUUCUGCUAAAUCGAUUUGGAUGAACUAGAUUUUUUUUUUUUUUUUUUGCUGUGCUCAAGUCUAACCAAAUUUUUUUUUUGGCAUGCUCUAACAAGCCGUUACACAUGUUGGCUGGUCAUAGCAUGGCUAAACAUUUACAUAGAGCAUUACUGCCUUAGAACCCAGAUACCCAGGUUAGAAUUUACAUCAGUAAAUGUCCUCAGUCAAUAUACCUGAUGGUAUGUAGCCCUACGUCAAAUCCUCAUAGAUUGUAAGCUUGUUUGACCAAGGUCGUCUUUACCUUCAAAUAUUCCUUUUCUAUAAUUGUAAAGCACAAGCAGAUUAAGUUAACGCUAUGUAACUGCUAAUAAUAUAUUUAAUUUAAUGCUGUAUACAUUUUUAUUAUUUAUUUUAAAUUGGCACUUCAUAAAGAAAUUCUAACUUGUAUAAAAAAAACGAGUUUACCUAUAUUUGACAGCUAGUCUAUAGACUGCUCAUAUGUUCUGUAAGUCUACAGUCAAACUGUGUCGACUGGCCUCCAGCCUAUCUGAUAAUAUAUCUGGGGAAUGAUCUUCAUAUCUGUCAUGGAAACUCAUUUUACUUAACUUCUAUUUGUGUCUUUUCUCUCUCACCUCUGUACUCCCUCCUACCUUGCUGGUUUCUUGCAAAACUCUUGUCUAUCCAACUGAUUUCCACACAUUAUGUGUUUCUUUAGAGCGCAACAGGAUUCCUGCAAUAUUUGGAUGUCUCCAUUGGGAAGGAAAUCGUAGCUACGAAUGUGAAGUCGGGGAGACUUGGUGUCAUGUGUCAGAACCCCUACAAUGCAGUGAUACAUUUGGGACAUUCCAAUGGUCAGUAAAUACACAAAGUCACUUUUAGUCUGUUUGCUAAACAAAUGAUUAAAACCUAGAUAUACGGUGAAGGCAAACUAUAACUUCAACAUAAAGGGACACUAUAGUCACCAGAACAACUACAGCUUAUUGAAUCUGUUCUGGUGAGUAGAAUCAUUCCCUUCAGGCUUUUUGCUGUAAAGCAGGUUCAAGGGUGCCAAUUCAGGCUAGCGGUGCCAAUUCCAGUAAUGGAUAAAGAAGGACUUGGAAUAUGUUAAAAAUAUAUAUCAUUUAUUAAAUCAAAGAAUACAUUAAAAUAGUUUUGCUUCUCUAAGUACCGUGGGGGUGUUGCUGACCCUAUAGUGAUCCUUUAAGGACACCUGACAUGUCUGACAUGUCAUGAUUCCCUUUUAUUCCAGAAGUUUGGUCCUUAAGGGGUUAAAGGUGCUGUUACCAAAGACUCAAUAGAGAAUUCUAAAAGUUUUUGAAUUAUUUAUUUAAACCCUUAAGGAUGGAGGCAAUUGUCCAAGGUCUGACAAAAACAAAACCUAGAAAUUGAGCUAUUUGUUUGCUCAAUCAUAAUUCACCUAUUUUAUAUUCAGUGCAUCCACACUUAUAAUAUAUCAUUUUCUUCAGGAGAAACAGGGCUUUCAUUACACAUCAAAUAUUUAUAUAUGAAACGUAAUUUUAUAUGAAUACAAUCUAAAAAGGUUUGAGAAAGCAAGAAAUGUUUUUUAAAAGUUCUGCAUGGCAUUUUAAAGGGACACUAUAGUCACCUGAACAACUUUAGCUUAAUGAAGCAGUUUUGGUGUAUAGAACAUGCCCCUGCAGCCUCACUGCUCAAUCCUCUGCCAUUUAGGAGUUAAAUCCCUUUGUUUAUGAACCCCAGUCACACCUCCCUGCAUGUGACUUGCACAGCCUUCCAUAAACACUUCCUGUAAAGAGAGCUCUAUUUAGGCUUUCUUUAUUGCAAGUUCUGUUUAAUUAAGAUUUUCUUAUCCCCUGAUAUAUUAAUAGCUUGCUAGACCCUGCAAGAGCCUCCUGUAUGUGAUUAAAGUUCAAUUUAGAGAUUGAGAUACAAUUAUUUAAGGUAAAUUACAUCUGUUUGAAAGUGAAACCAGUUUUUUUUUCAUGCAGGCUCUGUCAAUCAUAGCCAGGGGAGGUGUGGCUAGGGCUGCAUAAACAGAAACAAAGUGAUUUAACUCCUAAAUGACAGUGAAUUGAGCAGUGAAAUUGCAGGGGAAUGAUCUAUACACUAAAACUGCUUUAUUUAGCUAAAGUAAUUUAGGUGACUAUAGUGUUCCUUUAACUGUGAAUGGCAUUUACUGCAAUGUAAUGCACAUAUUUGUAUGCUGUGGUGUCCCACGAGUACAACAAUGCGAUCUAUGUACAGGUUUUACGGGAGUUGUAGCGUCAUAUAAUGAGCGUGCCCAUUACAGUUUUUACACAUUGAAAUUUGCCAGAUUGGUUUGCUGGAAGGAAAUUUUAAACAAUCCUGGCAUAUAAUUUGUAAAAGUAGAAAACCCAGGGUAUGGGGCAUGUCAAGUCUCUUUUAGCAACCACUUAGUCACAAACCCUGGCCAUUAUUAGCAACGAUAUCAUAUCACUAUAAGUUUGUGCCUACACGCACCUGCCAUGUAAAUCUGGUCCUAAGUAACUUGUGCUGCUUAGUGUUUGUCGUGUUUUUAUUUUUGUUAAUUUUUAAUCUGGCUACAUAUGUUGUUUUAUUUAAAAUGUAUUGUUGUAUCAAACUAUCUUUAUCAUUAUAUCAUUGCAAUAUUAUUGUUCUCAAACUUAAAUGAUACAGGAGGGCAGACAAUAAUCUACUUAACAAGCUGUCAGUAUAAAGUAGUUCUAUGUUUACUUAACUAAUAAUGUUUAAAAAACAAAUGUCGACAAGAAUUUUUUUUCAUUAUAACAAUCUUUGCAGCAUGUAAUGAAAAGAUAUGGCUCCUACUAUCCCUGAACACUAGACCAGGCAAACCACACAGGGCGAUGGCUGAUGACAUCAUCGCUCUGUGCAGGCAGUGAAACAGGAGCCUUACGGUCGGAUUCUACCUCGUGCUGACGAGGGUGUAUGAAUAUGGCAGAGGGGGGUCUAGUGUUCUGUGAAAAAAUUUUCUGGUGUUUUUACAUACACCUCAUUUUAAAAAAUGCCAUAUCUUUUCAUUACACGCGGCUAGGAUUCUUAUAAUAAUAAUAAUAAUAAUAAUAAAAAAUAUUCUGGUGAGUUGUCCUUUAAUAAUGGUACACAUUACUAAAAACAUAGCCAAGUAUUUGUAAUUUUCUUAAAGCACUACCUGACUAUGGAAGUAGCACUGGAUGCUUGAUAAACAUAUUUUAUUUCUCUGACAUGCCGUUUCUCUGUGACAGGGACCGUCACUCUCUGGAGCCCUUCUAUGAAGGAGCCGUUAGUGAAGAUGUUGUGUCACCAUGGAGCUGUUCGAUCACUGAGUGUCGAUAAGACAGGGAUGUAAGUGUAUUUACUGUUUCGAACUUUGUCGCUGUAUAACUUACUUUUCAUGUUCGUUUUCGUCAUUACACACGCCAACCAAUUUUCAUUCCUUUAGAGAAAUGAUCUCUUACCUUAGUACACCAAUGUUACCAAAUAUUACCAAACUACACUGCCCAUAAUGUUGUUAGUACGCACCAUGGCAAAAGAAGGUUAGACAAAUUUGUGGUGCCAAGGUAAGCCUCCACCGUGCCUAAAUAAGUCAAAUUUAUUGGUUUUUCUGUCUUUUAUAGGUAUAUGGCGUCCUCUGGUCUGGACAGGAAGCUGAAAAUAUUCGAUAUCCGCACUUUCCGCCCCCUUCACGCUAGUGUUCUGCCAUUAGGAGCAGGAGCCUUGUGUCACAGCCAAAAGGGACUCUUGGCUGCUGGAACCGGUAACAUUGUACAGGUGAUUAGGCGUUAGAACAUGAGCAAACUGCCAGUGAUGUACAUUUAAUAUUGUCGUGGCAUUUAACAAUCUGUUUUUUAUUCAGGUAUAUAAAGAUACUCACCUCGGCCCACCUCAGGUCCCGUAUCUAUGUUUAUCUGUAAAGGGACCAAUUCAUGGGCUUCAGUUCUGUCCUUUUGAAGAUGUCUUGGGCAUCGGACAUGGAGGAGGUUUCACCAGUAUGAUUGUUCCAGGUUAGCCCGGAUACAGUAAAAUUAACUUACUGAUCGCUUCCAUUUCCCUUCCCUUUCUGAAGAUUCUUCUUAUUUCUCUUGCGUUGUGCAUAACCAUAACUAAAAUUCUGCUUUUUGUCUUGUUACUUUUAACAGGCGCAGGAGAGGCUAACUUUGACGCUUUGGAGUGCAAUCCAUAUGAAAACAAAAAACAGCAACGGGAAUGGGAGGUGAAAGCUUUACUGGAGAAGGUAAGACCAAGAAAAGUAUUUUGUGUACUUUAUAAUUAAAGGGAAAUUAUACAGUUUACAGUAGCUACUUAGGGUUUCGAUCAUAGUAUUCAUUCACUGUCUGGUCUUCUGCUCCUUAGAUUCCACCAGAAUUAAUCACUCUGGACCCCACUCAGCUUGGAGAAGUUGAUGCUGCAACGAUGGAGGAGAAACAUAAAGAGCAAGUGGAAAGACUGGUGAGACUUGACACCUUUUGUAGCAUCAUGGUGCCCUUUUUCCAAAUAAAACGCAUGUUGCCCCCUCUCUGUUUAUAUCUGUCCAUAUUCUCCAAUGUUCCAUCAUGCUAACUGCCUUUCUCACUUUCCCAGGGAUUUGAUCCCCACGAGAAGACUCGUUUUGUUCCCCGACGUAAAUUAAAGGGUAAAAGUUCAUCGACCAAUCUGCUCAAACGCAAAAAGAAGGUGGCGCAUGAACGGCAGAGGGUGAGUGUGUGGGCAUUAGUGCAAGAUUGGUAGUGUAUAGUUAGUGGGUGGACUAUGAUGUACAGGCUGGUGAGAAGAACAAUAGAUAAAACAUUACAGGGACUAUAACCAUUUCACUUCAGUGUAUAUGGUUGUAGUGCCUCAUCACAUGGUGCUGUCCCUCCAUUCAUUAAUAAACCAUGGCUGCAUUUCUUUAUUUUGUUCGGCAAUAGGAGAUUGUAGCCUUGCAUCAGGUUAAAAUGGAAGUCCUUAGCUCAUUAUGUUUGUAAUAUGGGAAUGUACCAAAAUGCUACCAGUAUCAAUUGCCCCGUCUGCUGCUGCACACUGGCCACUUUCUUCUGAGUUGGUUUCUGGUAUGCGGUGUAAAAGCAGUGGUGGUCUGUACCAGCACGCAAGUAAAUUAUGGUUGGUUUCACACAGCUUAGAGCUUUAAGUACCCCGAUGGGCCAGGUUCAUUUUAGACUGCUGGGCAUCAGUAAAUGUAUGAUCAAGCUCUUGCUCCUAUAUAAUUUGGUCCUCUGCUGAUCACAAAUUUAUCUGAGGUUUUCCCCACUCCUUUGUACCAACAGGAACAGAUUAAGAUGAGCUUAGAAGACCAGAAGGCCAACGAACACAAUAUCAAUGACAGCAAAGCUCCUCAGAGUCACAGGACAACCCUGGACAGGUUUAAGAAGUGAUAAGAGCCAAGUAACCUCCCUGCAGCCUCUGGUCAAAGAAUGUGCCAGUACGGGUCCCUCACUUUUAAACACUCAGUGAGUGUAAAAUUCAUGAUUUCUUUUAUCAGAGGCCAGAUGUGUUGAUUGCCAGCUUAAAUUUUAUAUUACUUUGUUUUAACUUCUCCGACGUCAGAGGGGAUAAUCAUCUGGAUCAAUGUCAUGUGAAUCUUAGAGGGACAGCCAGGCAUAAAUCAUUCUGGAGCUUAUUUACGGAGGAGAGAAUCAAGGUGAACUGAAAACUGAAUUGCAAAAUUCUGGCUAAAACAGGCAAGAUUGUUGAAGACUUUUUAUCCCAUCAAAUCUGCCAUUUCAGCCACAUUCUGCAUGUUGGUUUUCUAUUUACUAUUGUAUAGUGAAUAAACCGCUAUCUAAUAGACUGUAUUGGAGCUCUAUCCUGUCACUUCUUACUGUGUAAAUAUGUUUCAUAAUAAAUAUCUUCAAACGUUUGUCGUCUUUUGUAUUGACAAGGUUAAUCACUAAUGUGAGAAUUUCCAGGGAUUCAAAGUGAACUUCAAGUCUAAAGCCAAUCUGAAAACCGUUGACUUAAAGUAACUGUCACCUUCUGGGGUCUUUGCAUAUCUUCCAAAGACCCCCGAUGCUGAUAUUGUUGUGCAAUGGAGAGUAG